AGACAGCGAGCAGGGGAAUUACACUGACCGACACACACGCGUCUCCCCGCUGACUGCUGACAUUGUUGACGUGCUCACUCUCCCAAACCUGUCACGAGCGAAAUACUGGAGCUCCAAAGCAUCGACAUCGCGCUCCCCCAGAACUCAUGGGUUAACAGACUCUGUUCAGGAGAAGCAGCCACCCGUUAGUCCAAUGAAUAACCGGAAGGAAGACAUGGAGAUCACGUCGCACUACCGGCAGCUCCUGCGGGAGCUGAAUGAGCAGCGGCAGCACGGCAUCCUGUGCGACGUGUGUGUGGUCGUGGAGGGCAAGAUCUUCAAAGCGCACAAGAACGUGUUGCUGGGCAGCAGCCGCUACUUCAAGACGCUUUACUGCCAGGUGAAGAAGGGCUCAGAGCAGCAGGCCACCAUCACGCACCUGGAUAUCGUCACAGCUCAAGGCUUCAAGACCAUCCUUGACUUCAUGUACUCCGCCCACUUGGCGCUCACAAGCAAGAAUGUGAUUGAAGUGAUGUCGGCUGCCAGCUACCUGCAGAUGACCGACAUAGUGCAAGCAUGUCACGGCUUCAUCAAGGCAGCGCUAGACAUCAGCAUUCGCUCCGAGCUUGCAGAUGAACUUGCGGAUAUUGAGAUGGGCAAUGUGGUGAGCUCUAUGGGAGGCGGGGCUGGGCCCGGUGUGGGCGGAGCCUCGGAAGCACUGGCGUCCAUGAUCUCGGCCCGCAGUUCCUCGCCGUGGAUGGCCAGACGCACCAGCCCGGCAAACUCAUCUGGAGACUCAGCCAUCGCUAGCUGCCACGAAGGCGGUAGCAACUACGGCAAAGAAGACCAGGAACCCAAAAGCCAUGAGAGCCAGGAGGAUGCUUGUUUGCAGCCCUUGUGGCCUGCUGAUUACCGUUCUGUCCAGGUCAAAGAGGAGCAGGUCUCCCCCUCCAAUUUACAAGAUGGGGCUGGCCGAGGAGCACAAGGCACGCCUGGGGAGCAAGGUGGACGAGGAGAGGGGGGCUGGCAACCCCCUGGCACGGGCCGCAGGAAGAACCGCAAAAACAAGGACACGGUCAGGCACAUAACCCAACAGAAUGAAGGGGACAGUCGGACAGCGUCACCGCUGCCAUCCAUGCUGUCCAAUCCAGGCUGGAGCUACGGCAACCAGGACAUUCCAGGUGCAGAAGUGAUGGAACCCAACAUUUCCGACAGCCGUGGCGAGCGCAUGGACCUCCUGGUAAAGCAGGAGGAGGCCGCAGCGGGGGAUGGCGGGUUUCUGUCCGGGGAACGGGAUGAAGCCGUGGCCCGGGAGAGAGCGGGUUCGGUGGCCAACCUGCGAGCCGCCCUCAUGAGCAAGAACAGCUUGUUGUCUCUGGGGGCAGAGCUGCUCGGAGAGGAGAACCAGCUUCUGUUCGACUACCUGCCCAAGGGAGGACACUCUCUCUCCCGGCCUCGUUGCUCCAAUGGCAGCAGCAGCUCCCACCAUCCAGGAGCCCUGUUUGGUAGCAAACACGGGGCAUCUACAUCUCCUCCGUCUACUCUUCCUCCUCUUCCUCUUCUACUGCUGCCUCCGCCAUCCGUGCCACGGCCCCCAGGGGCCCUCGGUAUGCCACAGUCUGGGGGCCCCCCAGACAAGCUCUAUGCGGAACGGGCCCUGAAGGCCUCACCCACUGAGGAGGAAAUGCAAGAAGAAGACAAUAGUCCAAAUAACAAUGCAGGGCUGGAGCGUGUCCAGGUUCCUGUAGAGGAAGAUCAGAUGGUGGAGGAGAAGCAUGGAGUGUGUGUGGCGGAGGUGCAGGGCGGAGGGCCGGGCUGGCGGCAGGAGCUUGCCUGCUCUCUGUGUAAGCAACUGUUUAGCAGCCUGCUUCAACUGAGACAGCACGAAUACAGCCACACGCUCUCGCUCAUGGCCCUCUCGCUGAACUGCCUCGACCACCAUCGCCCCCUAGUGGUCCCGUCUCCUCUCAACCCUCUGCCAGCGCGCUACCAUUGCUCGCAGUGUCCCGCCAGCUUCACCCUCAAGUCCAACGCUGACCGCCAUGAGAAGACCAUCCACCUCAAACGGAAGCUGAUGCAGUGCAUGUACUGCCUCAAGCACUUCCGUGACCGAACAGACCUGAACCGCCACCUGUCGUCCGUGCAUUCCAGCGAGCGCAUCUACACGUGUCCCGCUUGCUCCCGAACCUUCAGCACGCAGAAAAACCUGGCUACCCAUGGCAAGGUCUGCUGUCAGUCGGGAAUCUCUCCCACCGAGCAGCUGUGGAACCUGCAUGGCUUAAAGGAAGAUGACCAUAUCCAUAUAGUCGAUUGAUUCUCCAAACCAGCAACAUUACUUCAUUACAAAGGGAAUGUGAUACAAACUUCAGGUCAUCCCAAAUCAGGCCUUCCCCAACUUUUGGCCACGGCACUGUUGACAUUUCUACACUUCUUUUUACUGUACAUCAGAUUUGUAUGUUCUUCAAAUACCUAAACCGUCGGGUUUUUUUAUGACUACUGCAUAUGGCUGCUGAGGCACAAAUGCUGUGCAAAAUAAAGACAUUUUAUGUCAUUUCUCUUGUCGCAUAUAGAGCUGUCUGCUUUUUGUACCACGCAUGAUUUUAUUCAAGGUUUUAGUGAAGACUGGAGAACAUAGAGAUCUCGGUGCAUUGGAUACCAAUGCUUUUUCAUUCUGGGUGGCUUCGCACCCCUCUCUUUACCAGCGAACUAAUCUUAUUAUGCUUAGAUGAACUCAGGCGCAGGGGUCUCUGUAACUCACCGAGUAGUGAAUGCAGCUGUUAAACCUGUGCACAAUGCUGCCCUCUGCAGGAGAAUCUCUCUUUCUUGUAUUCUACACUUGAGUGUGACAAGAUGAUUAGGGAUGAGGAAGAUUAGGCAAUGUCCUAAAUCUUUCAGCAAGCUACGUUGUCUUCAAAUGUAUGUGUGUGUGUGUGUGUGUG